AUGCCGACUCCACGCCGCCGGCAGGCUUCGACGCUCUCGGACUGGCCGCAGCUGAGCUUGCUUGCUGUCUACGCGGACGAGCCUGUCUUCGAUGCUGGCGAGCGAGCAACCGCACUCAGCGACGAGGCCCUCGAAGCAGCCAAGGUCCUCUACUUCGCGACGCCGCUGGAGGCGCAGCCGUACGAUGCUGCACGUCGGAAUCGAGCGAUGGGCACCAUAUUGGGCGUCUCCAGCUUUGCCAGGACACUCUCGCCUGAUGAAGCAGCGCGGAUACGCUCGGUACGCUCGAACAAGCGUAGGAUGCUCUGGGUUGAGGCAGAGCCGGGCUUCCACCUUCAUGCCACAAUACGAUGCCCUCGAUCAACUCGCCACCCACGCAGAGCAUCGACAGGAACCGACGCAAGCGAAGGUUCGAAGGAGGACUCGCCCGCAAGCCUUGCAGAAGACGAGGUCCUGCUGGCGUCGCUUCGUCAGGCGUACUCCGAGUUCCGGCUGCGCUUUGGGACAAUACAAGGCGCUCUCGAGGCGGAAGGGAAAGAAGCGGCCAUGGGAAAGCUGCGGAAGUUCUGGGACGUAUGGACGCGGGAUUGGGAGACGUCGAUGCUGGAGUCUCAGGUCGAGCGACUGCUGCAAGCUGUCCCGAAAAGUGCCAUCCUUUCGAUAGAGGCUGCCGCCCAACUUGGCCCGCUUCUCGCGCAAUUCGCCGCCAGCAACUCCUCUGCUCUACCUAUUUUGCUGCACGGCGACACCGUCCUUUCCAUCCCUCGUCUGCCGCCCCCUUCAGCCGAUCAGCCCCCACCAGCACCAGGUCGUCCACCUCCACCGCCGCUUUCGCAGGACGACCUCCUCUCUCUCGUCCGCUACCUGGAUCGCCUCCUCCCGCCAAAGCGGACCCUGAUGGUCGUCUCCGAUGCCAAAGACGCCUCGUCAGCCUCAUCAGCCGGCGAAGACUCCGCAGGAAGCGGGAGAUGGUCCAGCCUUACCGCUGGCAUGAACUCCUUCCUCGCGCCACGCCCUUUCUCGCUCGCCAUGCCUGCAUUGCCUGGCAUGGCGUCUUCCACCGAAUCUGAGAAGGUGUCAAGCAAGCCGGCCACACUACGAGCGGGCUUCGCCGCCUUGCGAAGAACGGAGCAGCAGGAGGUUGCAAAGCGGCAGCAGGAGACCGGCACGUCUGCGAACGAUGCUCACUCGCUCGGGAACGGAACGUCCACCGCCUCGCUUAAAGCGCCAAAUGCGAAGGGAAGCAGGUGGAGCCUGCGGAACGUCAGCUGGGGCGCGCUAGGGUUCGGGUCCAGCGAAACUGAUUCCGUCGACGAGUUGUCGGCACCCACUGAGCCAAGCACGUCGAAAUCGUCAGUCAAUGCGGGUCAGAAGUCUCCAGCCGGUCGGGACUCGGGAAACGAUCAAGCAGCUGCGGCCACCUCGCCUCUCGCGACGGAUCCUCCUGCCUCGUCCACCGACGACGCUCUGAAGCCAUCCACACCUGCGGUUGAGCUUGCGCCAUCGGUAGAUGCGAGCGAGCUUGCAGACGCCAUCGGUCGUACGCCCACGGAAGAGGAUCAGCCAGUCGUCGUCGCCGAGUUGGCCGUGCCGGGACUGGAGGUAAGGAGCCAAGUGUCCGAGCAAGAACCGGAAGAUCCCGACUCAGAGGAGGGGGAGCGUCCCUCGGCGGUCAGGCUGUUCUGCGGCGAGGGGGACUAUCGGGAUACGCUCUUUGAGGCUCGUCUCUACGAGCGCGGCGCACUACGCCUUGCGCUGGCCAUCUUGCCGGCGACCGACAAUGCCGCUCUCGCCUGGCUCGACGGACGCGCCGAGCGCUUGCUCGAAGCGGUGGAGUCGCUGCUCGAGAUUGUUGUCCCACCAAAACCGCGCUACCCGCACCGGCACCUCGUCAAGCACGACCUCCUCGUCAACAGCGUCUCGCAGACUGGUUCUACAGCUACAGCCUCAGCUGACGCAGAUGCGGAGCUCGCCCUGGUCGACAGCUAUGUCGCCAUGCACGCCCACCCUCGCGCCCUCGAAUCCGUCACACGCCUCUCUUCUAGCCGCUGGUCCCUUCACCGACGUUUCUCUGUCCCUCUCGCCCCAAACGCCGAAACCGGACCUUCCGCUGUCGACACGACCGACAUCUUCGCCAUCCUGCCGAGCAAGGCCGCGAACGGUAAGGACUUGUCACUCAUCGACGCGGCAGACGAGCUGCGGCGCAUCGAGCGGGCGUACUUGCGUAAGGCGUAG